AUGGCUACUGUCGAAAAACCCCAAACCAAGCAGAAGCAGUUCGAAGUGCCUGACUAUUCCGACGAAGAUUACGACAGCGCCGAUGAUUAUUCUGACGAAGAAGAAGAAGUCCCCGUCCAGAAGAAGCAGCUCCAGCGCCGACGACAACAGCCUCAACAGCAAGAUGAAAUCGAGGAAUACUCGGACGAGGAUGACUACUCGGAUGAAUACGAUGACGAAUACUCCGAUGAUGAGAUGACCCAGGGCAAAUCCAUGCAGCCCUACAGUGACAGCGUCAGUCCGGGGACAUGGAUCUCAAGGGCGGCAUGA